GUUGGCGAAGCCCCAAACCUCACUUUAUGCCCCGCCACAGCAAGAGAGACAUCCGCUGGCUGUUGGCCACUCACAGUCCGCGAUGCCAGACAUGGUCCCAGUCAAAGUGUAGUAGUAAUGGUUGGUCUAAAAAUGGUAUGGAAAUUACUACUAUUUUUGCCUUCAGCCAAGGAGCGGUCUUUCUUUGUGGCGGUCAAUGUUUUCUCUGCUACCGUUAGUACUACUAGUGCAAGUAUAGAGGACAGCUCCACGCCCCGCGGUCCCCGAUCAGUUAACUCCCCUCUGUUUCUUCCUCUCCCCUUCCUUCAAUUCAUCCUCCCUUCUUCUUCCUUUCCUUUCCAUCUAUCCUCCUCUCUUUUUCCAUAGUACUAUCACCUUCCUAUCAUCAAAAUGGCUGCCGCUAUCAAAGAGACGGUCUCCAACCUCAAGCUUCAGCAGAAAUAUAGCGAAGCCGGACAAGGCCAG